AUGAUCGCCGCUGAAGUCAUGUCUCACCUUUCUGAGGACAACAGAAAAACGGAAGAAAUCGAGAUAAAGGAUGUGGAAGCUUCGGCGCUGGUUACUCUCAUUGGUUUCUGCUACUCUGGUAAGAUAAAAAUCAGUAACCGUAACGUCAUGAGCGUACUGCCUGCUGCCUGCCUGCUCCAACUGGACGAAGUUCAGGUCAGGUCAGGGGAAACAAAAUGCCCCAUUGCUCUUGUGUGCUUUCAGAAGUUGUUUCCAGCCCUUGCAAAUGCUAACGGAACAUUUGAAAAACCCUUCAAUAGAGGGAAAAGGUCUCAAAAUAUUUGCCAAAACUUCGUUUGA